GUUGUCCCCUCUUCAAUUUCUUCCGGAAGAAACAGCACUACACGAAGGGCGGAAUAUAACAACACGACACUGCGUACUGUCACAACUCAGAAACAACCAAACAGUUUUCAGUGUUUGUGGUUUUGCUUGGCCACAGAGCUACUUCGCCCCUCCAUGCUGCUGUGCCGGGUUUCGGCAGUAAGCCAGACGCUAGCGAGAUGGGGACGGAGGUCACACCGGGGAGGUGGCCUCCUCCACCGUGCUCUCUCCUUCAGCUCCACCCGCGGUGGGAGUUCAGGAGAAGGCAGCGCUCAGCCCGCCGAGGCAGCCCCUGCUCAGGGUUUGUACCGAGACUCAGUGCUCCUUCCCCGGACCGAGUUCCCAAUGAAACUGACUGGACAGAAGCUGCUGGACCGAGAACUCCAGAUACAGCAGGAGUGUGGAUUUGCAGAUUUGUACUCCUGGCAAAGAGAGAGGAAGGCCAAGAAGGCGUUCUGCCUACAUGAUGGACCCCCGUAUGCCAAUGGAGACCCUCACGUAGGACAUGCACUCAAUAAGAUCCUGAAAGAUAUCCGUAACCGUUUUGAGAUGCUGAGGGGGCGGCAGGUCCACUACAUCCCAGGAUGGGACUGCCAUGGUCUGCCCAUCGAGCUGAAGGCUCUGGGGGAGAUGGGGACGAGCGGCCUCGGUCCCCUGCAGAUCCGACAGAAAGCGCGGGAGUUUGCAGACGGGGCCAUAGCUCGUCAGAAGGCUGCUUUCCAGCGCUGGGGGUUGAUGGCUGACUGGGACCAGUGCUACUACACGUAUGAUGGAGCCUAUGAGGCUGCUCAGCUGAAAGUCUUUCAAGAGAUGCACAGCAAGGGGUUCAUCUACCAGGACUACAAGCCAGUCUUCUGGUCUCCUUCAUCAAGAACGGCCUUAGCAGAGGCAGAGUUGGAGUACAACCCUGAGCAUGUGAGCAGAGCCAUCUAUGCCACAUUCCCCCUGAGCACACUGCCACCGGGAAUAGCCUCAGAAGCAGGUUUGAAAGGUGUCUCUGUGCUGGUGUGGACCACCCAGCCCUGGACCAUUCCCGCCAACCAGGCCGUCUGCUACAUGCCCAAAGCCCAGUACUCUGUGCUGAAGAGGGCAGACAACUCUCAGCUGCUGUUGGUGGCCACUGAGCGCACAGCCAGCGUGGCAGCGCUGCUGGGCACAGAGUUGGAUAGCAUAGCCACCUUUACAGGCUCCCAACUUGAGGGUGGAGUCUGCAAACAUCCCACAAUUCCUGACAAGGAAGUGCUUCUAUUGCCGGCCAAUCAUGUGACUAUGGCAAAAGGAACAGGAUUGGUCCACACAGCGCCAGCUCAUGGCAUGGAGGAUUACAGCGUGGCUUCACAGUUUAAACUGUCAGUGGAGUGUAUGGUGGAUGAGGACGGCAAGUUCACUGAACUGGCCGGCCCUGAGCUACAGAAUCUGUCUGUUAUGAGUGAAGGCACUGACAAAGUGAUCUGCAUGCUGAAGGAGUCUGGGGCUCUAGUGAAGGAGGAGCAGUGUGUCCACAGCUACCCGUAUGACUGGAGGACGAAGCAGCCUGUCGUCAUCAGGCCCAGCAAACAAUGGUUUAUCAACACGGCGUCACUUAAAGAUAAGGCCAAGGAGGCACUGCAGAAGGUGCGUGUUUUGCCUGAGUCGGCGAAGGGCAGCCUGUUGACCAUGCUGGACAGGCGGACGUACUGGUGCAUCUCCAGACAGCGAAGCUGGGGCGUCCCAAUCCCAGUCUUCUACCACAGAGAGACUGGAGAGGCUCUCAUCAACAAUCACACAGUGUCCCAUAUAGCAACGCUCUUCAAAGAAAAGGGCAGUGACUGUUGGUGGGAGCUUCCUGUUGAGACUUUGCUGCCAGAAGCUGUUCUCAAGAAGAGUAAAGCAGGUCCAGUGACUGACUACGUUCGGGGAGAAGACGUCCUCGACAUCUGGUUUGAUAGUGGAGCUUCAUGGGCUGCUGUACUGGAAGAGUCAGACUCCAGGGCAGAUGCGUAUGUGGAAGGGAAGGACCAGAUUGGAGGCUGGUUUCAGUCCUCGCUGCUCACCAGCAUAGCCGUCAGGAACAAAGCGCCUUACAAGUCUCUGGUGGUGCAUGGCUUUGCAGUCAGUGAGACAGGAGAGAAGAUGUCCAAGUCUCUAGGAAACGUUGUGGAUCCUCACACAGUCAUUAAUGGAGGGAAGGACGCCACAAUGCCACCCUACGGGGCAGAUGUGCUACGGUGGUGGGUGGCUGAGUCAAACGUCUUCUCUGAGGUUCAGAUCGGACCCACUGCACUCAACUCCGCCAGAGACAGCAUCGGCAAGCUAAGGAACACUCUGAAGUUCCUGCUUGGCAACCUGCACGGUUUUGACCCACGUGUGCAGGCUGUGGACCCCAAAGAGAUGCAUUACAUUGAUCAGUACAUGUUGCACCUGCUCCGCGAGUACAGCAUCAAGGUGACGGACGCCUACAGUGAGUUUGAUGCGGGCAGGGCCAUCCGUGUCCUCCAAGCCUUCAUCACCAGAGACCUCUCCAGCUUUUAUUUCAGCAUCAUCAAAGACAGAUUGUACUGUGAUCCGGAGGACUCUUUGGGCAGAAGAUCAUGUCAGACCGUUUUAGAGGAAAUUCUGGAUGGAGUGACCAGAUCAAUAGCUCCCAUCCUGCCACAUCUAGCCGAAGAGGUCUACCUACACGCACCAGGGCAUGACGAAAAAGAGACAUUGUUUAAAAGUGGCUGGAUCAAAAGCAGCUCUGUGUGGCGGCGUCCAGGAUUGGAGGAAGCAGUUGAAGGAGCCUGUGCCAUCAGGGACUCCUUCCUGUCGUCCAUUCCAGGCAAAAAUGCAGCUCAGUACGACCUCACCAUUGCCAUUGAACCAGGCUUGCUGUUUGAACUCAUGGAGUCUCUACAAGAUGAAGCCACCUCCACCUCCUCCCAGCUGGCUGAGCUGAUGAUGGUAGCGCGGGUCAGCCUGACCAGUGAGCUCCCCCGUGACCUGCCCCCAGACGCCCUGCUGAGCCACGGCACCUUCCUCAUCAACCUGGAGGGUGGUGUUAUCAAAGAGGACAGUGCCUACAGUAUAGCAGCAGUUCCCACCUCUGGUGCCCGGUGCCCGCGCUGCCGUCGCUACACUGCAGAUUCAGCAGACUGUCUGUGCCCGCGUUGCCAAACUGUCGUCUCACAGGGUAACUGACAGGCCACACGUGCUGUCACUGUGACGACCAUCAAACAUCAUCUUGGCUGUGUUAUUUCUCUGCUCUGGGUGAAGUUCCUCGAAAGCUGAAUAGAGACCAGGAUUUACAAUCCCUGUCGCCAUCACCUGAGAAAUGUAAAACUGAAUCCAAAUCAGCUGCUGCUUCACUCUGUUUUUUUUUCAUUUAUUUGACUGUCAGUUAAAAGAACCUGCAGCUUGGCACAUGGUUGGCUUUGGGAAAGAACGGCCUAAUAGCAGAUACCAAUGCAUACUUCACUAAAUUUGCUUCAGGCUUCACUGUUGUAUGCACUCCCACUUUCCUAGAACAGCAGGUGUGAACUCUAAAACCAAAAUGUCUAAGUCGGCCUUGGUCACUUUGCUGUGGCAUGAAUGUGGAGCUCAUACAUUUGAUGUUGUACCACCAAACAAUCUGAUGAAGCAUGAGCAAGACUGUGUACUUUAUGUUUAGUUGGGAAUUGAAGAUAUUGACUUGUUCUUUCAGUCUAGAAGGAAUGCCUUUCAGGGGGCUUGUCAGUUGUUUUUUUUAAAUGUGUAACUACAUGGAAAAGAAAUUCAUUACAAUGAGUGUCACUAUGUGACAACAGUAGAGAAUUUAUAUUGGGUGUGGAUUUCUUGUGAUCGUUUACCUUUGUAUAAUAAAUCCUGUUCCCUGUAAACUUUCCCAUAAAGUUGAAGGUGUAUAAAAAAAUGUAAUAAAUUAUAAAUAAAUGGAGUUUUAGCUCUAAACAU